UUAGACUUAUGCUAUCUAUCAUCUGAUUCCAGCAGCGGAAGCAAGCAGAGAGGAAAGGAAGGAUUUUUGUGAUGAUCAAGGUGGCGGUCAAUCAAGAAUCACCGUUCAGAGAGCUAAAUAUCAAGAACAGGCGAAUCAUGGGCGGAGGAGGGACGGCGGAGGAGAAGGGUAGGUGGCCGCGGUGGCUGCGACCGCUUCUGUCGACGAGCUUCUUCGUCCAAUGCGAGCACCACGCUGACUCUCACAAGAGCGAGUGCAAUAUGUUCUGCCUUGACUGCACGAACGGCGCUCUCUGCUCCCUCUGCCUCGCCCACCACCGCGGCCACCGCGCAAUCCAGAUACGGAGGUCUUCCUACCACGACGUGAUCAGAGUUUCCGAGAUCCAGAAGGUACUGGACAUCACCGGCGUGCAGACGUACAUCAUCAACAGUGCCCGUGUCGUCUUCCUCAACAAGCGCCCACAGCCGAGGCCCGGCAAGGGCGUCACCAACACCUGCGAAGUCUGCAAUCGGAGCCUCCUCGACUCCUUCCGCUUCUGCUCCCUCGGCUGCAAGAUCACCGGUACUUCCUCCGACUGCCGCAAGAAGAAAAAGACGAAGAACAAGAAGAAGUCAACGGCCGAAUCAGACUCGGAGGAGUCUUACUUGAGAAGCAGCAGCCCCGGUUACGAGAGGAGAAACGUGACACACAGCUUCACACCAUCGACGCCGCCGCCGACCGCCGCCAGCUUCCGCACCGCUAAGAGAAGGAAAGGCGUCCCCCACAGAGCCCCCUUCGGAACCCUCCUACUGGGGUUCUAAGCCCAGUCCCCCAUCACUAUUAGAUACCAUGAAGUAGUAUCAUCAUCAUAUAUUUGUCACCAUAGUAGGCUCGAUCGAAACAGUAUCACCUCUCUCUCUCUCUCACACACAGACACCAAUUCAUGGUUCCUAGGAAGCACAUGUAUGGUAGUGAUAUAUAGCUGGUGUUAGGCCCAUUACAGAGGUUGUGUGUGUAUAAUAGAUAGGAAAAGGUUGUAGUUGCAUUGCAGUUUAGUAACGUGAUAUGUGAGUGUAGAUAUUGAAGGGGGUGGUAACUAAAGAGGAAUGCGUAGUUUGCUUGCA